GCCGAGCCGGCCUUCUGCCGGUCUCCAGUAGUUUCCGAGCCGCGGACGCGCGCGCACAGCCAGGCCGACGGCUCCUGCGGGGGCAGGGGCGGGGCGCGCACGAGGCCCGGACGCCCGGCGGAGGAGGUGCGGCGGGGGCCCAGCCCCGAGGAGGCCCGCCUGACCACUGGGUUGCCAUGGCAUCCUACUACGACAUCCUGGACGUGCCGCGGAGUGCGUCCGCUGACGACAUUAAGAAGGCGUAUAGGCGCAAGGCCCUACAGUGGCACCCAGACAAGAACCCGGACAAUAAAGAGUUUGCUGAGAAGAAAUUCAAGGAGGUGGCCGAGGCAUAUGAAGUGCUGUCUGACAAGCAUAAGCGGGAGAUCUACGACUGCUAUGGCCGGGAAGGGCUGACAGGGGCAGGAACUGGCCCAUCUCGGGCGGAAGCUGGCAGUGGUGGGCCUGGCUUCACCUUCACCUUCCGCAGCCCUGAGGAGGUCUUCCGGGAGUUCUUUGGGAGUGGAGACCCUUUUGCGGAGCUCUUUGAUGACCUGGGCCCUUUCUCGGAGCUUCAGAACCGGGGUUCCCGACACUCUGGCCCUUUCUUUACCUUCUCUUCCUCCUUUCCUGGGCAUUCCGAUUUCUCCUCCUCAUCUUUCUCCUUCAGUCCUGGGGCUGGUGCUUUUCGCUCUGUUUCUACAUCCACCACCUUUGUCCAAGGACGCCGCAUCACGACACGCAGAAUCAUGGAGAAUGGGCAGGAGCGGGUGGAAGUGGAGGAGGACGGGCAGCUGAAGUCAGUCACAAUCAAUGGUGUCCCAGAUGACCUGGCACUGGGCUUGGAGCUGAGCCGUCGUGAGCAGCAGCAGUCAGUCACCUCCAGGUCUGGGGGCACUCAGGUCCGGCACACCCGUGUGUCACACCCCUCUGACAGCGACCUCUCUGAGGAUGAGGACCUGCAGCUUGCCAUGGCCUACAGCCUGUCAGAGAUGGAGGCAGCUGGGAAGAAACCGGCAGCGUUGAGCUCUGAUGGUCUCUGUUGCUUCCCUUCUGGUGCUGUUUCUCCUUCCUCCCACUCUUCUCUCUGCAACUCCCUUCGGGCCGCACCGCUUGCUUUCACUGCCGCCUGCCUAGGACUCCCUUCUCCUUCCUUUCCGAGAAGGCCUCAGUGUGGCGAGGAAGAUGCUGGGGCUGGUAGGGCCCUGAGGUCUUCUGGGGAGGCUAGCUGGGUGGGACGGGAGCCUCUCAGAGUCCAGAUUCGGAACCGGAGUCCACUCCUCCUCCCUUCCUCUUGCCGCCUCAGCCUGCCCCUGGCCUCGGGACUAGGCAGAGAUGUGUUCUGAGCUGGAUGGCCGGGAUCCAGAAUCGCUGCACGGUUCCAACAGGACAGCGCUCCCCCAUGCGCUAGGAGGGGACACUCCAUUCCUCUCCCUCACCCAUGGCUGAGUUUAGUGCUGUAGUGACGGGGCCUGGGUGGUGGGUGGGGCUGGGUGGGAGGCAUCAGUAGUCAUCCUGUGAACUCUCUUCCCCCUGGAUCUGGUGCUGUCUCUUGAGUACUACAAGUCCCAGAAUGCAAUGCACUGGCCUCAUUUCUGGUAUGUCAGGCUUGGGGGAAGUAGUGUGUGGUUAUGGAGCUGUGCAUCUUGGGACAUGUAGUUCCAGUCCACACAGGCCUGUAACUCCCUGUGAGAUGAAGGUCUUGUCUUUUGAUUUGUCCCUGGCAGGGGUGGCGAGAAUGUGGGUGAAGGGGGAAUGAUCAGAGCCUCAGUUCCCUUGACACCUCUCGCUAGCCCCAGGGUUAGAGAGUGGGCAAAUAAAAGCCCUGCACAUUUGGGAGAGAGUCUUUUCCUAUGGGCAGCCUGGGGUCCGAGGAACAAGCCAGGAAAGGCAGCAGACUAAGCAGGGCGUGGGCUCACAGCUUUGAAGGAAAGGCUGUCCUUGUGGGGCCUGUGUGGCCAGGAUUGGCAUGUGAGGGGAGCUCGGGCAUGCUGCUGCUUGUAUGGCUUUCUUUGGCCCCGACCCUGCUACCCAUUCUUUCUCUCCAACAUCAUGAGCUGCCUCUCCUCCCUGUCUGGGGAGCCCAGUGGCCAGGGAGGGGAGUGGUGGAGCCGGGGUGUUGCCAGCCUGUACGCUGAGCUUCAGAGACCUAUCAAAGCCAGCUGGGCCAAGCUCAGACAGAGGGAAACACUGGAAGUCAAUAAAACUGUUUUGAGACCUUGGUGGUA